AUGAGCGAGAGAGGUGGUUUUCGCGGCCGCGGAGGAAAUGACAGACGCGGUGGCGGUGGCGAUAGACGUGGAGGUGAUUUCCACGACAGAAGAGGCGGUAAUGAUAGAGGAAACCGCGGUGGCAAUGAUAAAGGUGGAAGAUUUGGCGAUAAAGGCGGCCGUGGUGGUGGCCGUGGUGCUCCACGUGGUCGUGGCGGCAUGGGAGGCCGCGGUGGUGGACGUGCAGCCAUUCAACCACACAAAUAUCCAGGCGUUUUUAUCGGACACCAGCGUGGUGAUAUGCUUCUUACAUUAAAUAUGGUCCCAGGCAAAUCAGUUUACAACGAAAAACUUAUUACAGUCGAUGGUCCAAAUGGCCAAAUUGAAUAUCGUGAAUGGAACCCAUAUCGUUCAAAGAUUGGCUCUUGCCUUCUUGUCGGUAUCGAUAAAUUCGGUAUUAAGCCAGGUGCUUCAGUUCUUUAUCUCGGUGCUGCAUCAGGUACAACAGUAUCUCAUGUUUCCGAUAUUGUUGGUCCAACAGGCCGUGUAUACGCUGUAGAAUUCUCACACCGUGUCGGUCGUGAACUCUGCAACCUUGCAAAAUCUCGUCCAAACAUAGUUCCAAUUAUCGAGGAUGCCCGCCAUCCACAGAAAUACAGAAUGCUUGUUCCAAUGGUUGACUACAUGUUCGCUGACGUUGCUCAGCCAGAUCAAGCCCGUAUUUUCGUCCUUAACGGACAAUUCUUCUUAAAGAACAAUGGAGGUUACAUGCUUUGCGUAAAAGCUUCCUGCGUUGAUUCUACACUUGACCCACAUAAAGUUUACGCUAUGGCUCAGCAAGAACUUAAGGAUGCUGGCUUCCAAAAUGAAGAAAUGGCAGAUAUCGAAGAUCACCACAGAGGACAUGCUUGCAUUAUUGGUACAUAUCGUCCAACACCAACAAACUAA